UGAGAGUGUGUGUGAGUGUGUGUGCGCGCAUGGUGAUGUGAUGUAUGGACUUUGUGAAGAUCCGACUGUCAUCCAGCGGUGUAAAGCUCUGGGUGUGUGAGAGCAGCUCGUAUAAUAGCAACCAUAUAGUCACCCACCAUGACGCGCCGGAGCGCCUUUACGCAGCAGGAUUGUUCACAGUUUGCGAAUAAUUACACCAACCAGCAAUAUUUCGGAGAGAAAAUAACUAUGUUUUAGUGCUUUCCUGUUGUCAUAUUUUGGAUACAAACGCAAGGAAAGUGGAAAGUGGAUUGAAAGAAACCAGAAGCACGUUGUUGAGAGCAGCAGCAGCAGCGAUGGAGGAGCAGCAGCAGCGGGAUGUGAACAGCUCUGACAGCAGCGAGGCAGAGAGCAGCGUCUCUCCGGCUCACAGCCUGCCCUCACCGCCCAUACUGCCGCUGCAGGCCGCCCAGCAGGCUCACAGGACCACCAACUUCUUCAUAGACAACAUCCUGCGCCCGGACUUUGGCUGCAAGAAGGAGCACGGCCUGCAUGGCCCGCGGGAGAGGGCGCAGACCUCCGGCCGGGACCGGGAGCACCGGGAGCACCGGGUCCACCCGCCGGUCAGCAGGCCGAGUCUACCCGGGACACCGUGCCACGACUCCAACUGCAGCAGUGACAGCACCUCGUCCUCCUCCGCCUCCUCCACCUCUUUGGCGAGUCCCAAGAAGAGUAACGGAGGAGGAACCGCAGCCGCCGCCUCCACCGGGAGCAGCGGCGGAGUGAAAGCCGAGGAGAGGACCGGCGGCGGGGGGACUGGGGAGAACGGGUCCUCGUCGCUGGUGGUGCUGAACGGUACCGGGGCGUCCACACCGGAGAGCCAGCCGUUACUCUGGCCCGCCUGGGUCUACUGCACCCGGUACUCGGACAGGCCCUCAUCUGGCCCAAGGACACGGAAACUGAAAAAGUCGAAAAGCGGCAAAGAGGACAAGCGUCCGCGCACGGCCUUCACGGCCGAGCAGCUGCAGAGACUGAAGACGGAGUUCACGGUGAACCGGUACAUCACGGAGCAGCGGAGACAGUCUCUGGCCACCGAGCUCAACCUCAACGAGUCCCAGAUCAAGAUCUGGUUCCAGAACAAGCGGGCCAAGAUCAAGAAGGCCAGCGGCUUCAAGAACGGCCUGGCGCUGCAGCUGAUGGCGCAGGGACUGUACAACCACUCCACCACCACCAUCCAGGAGGACAAGGAGGAGGACAGCGACUGAUCAGGGACUGUACAACCACUCCACCACCACCAUCCAGGAGGACAAGGAGGAGGACAGCGACUGAUCAGGGACUGUACAACCACUCCACCACCACCAUCCAGGAGGACAAGGAGGAGGACAGCGACUGAGGACACGGUCCUGGUCCACAUACACACUCUGUACAAUGUAAAUAUAUCAUAUCUAAUUUAAGGAUGAGGAUGAGCUUCGUCUCCUCCUCUUCACAAGAGACUAGAGAGCAGAACAGACUGCAGACUGGGACUGACCUGCCACCGCAAAAACCAAAGAUUUUAUUGGGAAUCAGAGCCUGGACACUUUCACAAACCAGAAAGAAAGAAAGAGAGAGAGAAGCAACACCCCCACAUUUAGCUGAUUUCUGUGAGCCCUGAGAUGAGAGUGAAAUGGACCCCCUUCCUCCAUCUCUUCCACCUCCAUCAUGCAGCCGUGAUAAACCCACAACGGCCUCCACAUCCCUUCAGCUCAUGUUGCUGGAGGUUGUGGACGAAGCUGCUGCUGCACCACCGCCCAAACACCACCCAAACACCACGAGAACAGUCACUGGCUUUAUUACACUUUUGUUUUAUUGUUUUUUUCUGGACCAACUGACUUGUAAGAACUGUAAUAAUCCCACAGUAUACACGUCACAGAGAUGCCACACACACAUCUGAAGUGCCAAACGAAUCAAUAGCCUAUAUAGUUAUGAUACAGGACAGGGGAUGUACUGUAUUUUAAAAUCACCUGGGAGCGCGAGGAACACACAGUUAUUACAAGAAUAUUUUAGAUUACUAUAGAUAAGGCCUAUAAUGUCGGGGCCUAAGCAUUGUGAACAAUGGGCUUAUUAUGCCUUUUAAAAAUUGGGGAUUAGAACAAAUUAAAGGGAGUUUAUUUUUUUUUAAAUGAAAAAUUAAUAUGCAACCAGAAUUGUUGAUGCAGCAUUUUCAAUUUCAAUUGGACAAUUUUUUUAGGCCAAAUUAAAUAUGAAAUAAAUAAAUGAUUCUUCAUUCUCCCACCAGAAUCUUUGAACCAAAGAUUUCGACCAUACAGAAAAUAUAAAUGAAUAAUUAACAAGGCAAAUAAAUGUGAAAAAUCCAAAUAUAUAUAUCAAAAGAUAGAUCUUUGAAGAAAGAUCAAAGAUUUUUGGGGAACUUUGAAUCAUGACCUCAGUAUCUCUAAAUUCUUUAGUAUUAUUAGUAUUAUAGGUAUUAUAUAGCCUAUAAUACUGCUGUAAAAAAGUUAAAGGUAGAUGAAAUCCAUGAAGCUAGCAGUGUUUAAAUGAUUCACACUAAUAAGAAACAAUCUAUAGCAUAUUCCUAUAAAUUCCUGGUUGUCUGAUAUCAUAGUGAUUCAUUACUGGCAUCUUUAUCAUCUUCUUUAAUGCUUCUGUUUUGACCCAGACUGUGUUGGUAGCCUCCUGUUAUACUUUAAGAGAAUAUCUUCUCUAAUAUUCCGACAUGUUCACUGUGGUGUUUGUAUAUAACGUCCCUCUGAAAGUCACUGCAGGAUUACUGCACUUCUUACAGAGGGGAUUUAUACACAAGGUAUAAAUACAUAUAUACUGUAUAUGAAGGUAUACAUACAUAUACUGUAUAUACACCAUGGAGCAUCAUUUCCAUGUGGUGUUGCCUUUAUUUUGGCACAUAAAGCUGCAGCGGCCUGCAGACAGACUAUCUGAGAUAUACAGUGUGUUUAGAGAGCGGCGGGAGAUAUUCUGUACAUUAAAACAUGUUUCCAAAUAAACACU